AUGGUUUGCUUGAAGAAGGCCAAGAUUGGCCUGAUUGAGCCUAUUGUGUUGAUCAAGGGGUGCAGGGAGCUUAAGGUUUUGGAUGUUAGGGACUCUGUGGGUUUUACUGAGGGUGAUAUGGAAGUAGUAGAGCUUGGUUCUCACAUUGGAGUUUAUGAUGGAAGAUUCGAUGGAGGAGGUGAGAAGAAAGGAAUUGAUGGAAUUGUGAUUGGAAUGUUGGGAAGUGAAGGGAUUGUAGUGGGGAAGGUGGGGAAUGUAGUGGCCGGAAGUGGAGGUAGAGUGAACUUGGGAGCAGUGGGAAGGUUUGGCAAUGUUGGAUUAGGUAGAGAUGGGAUUUGGGUGCUUGGCAGAGGUGGGAUUUGUGUUGUGGGUUUUGGCAGUGGUGGCAAUGGUGGCAGAGGAGUUGGCAUAGGCAGUGGAGGCACUGCACCCUUGGGAACCGGAAUCAAUGGAACUGAUGUCUGCAACAGGUGCCUGGCGCCGAAGCUCAUGUCAAUGCUUGACAAACACAAUGCUGCUACCAUGAUAGAUAAUAGGGAACAAUGCUUGAGGCCUGCCAUAUUGGUUGAAAAGUAAGGAACUGUAUCUGUCAAUCUGUGUUUCUUGUUUGAGUUGAAAGAAGA